GUUUUCAAUUGUUGAAAUACUUUUUUAUUUAUUUCACCUUUUAGUUUUUUGAUUAAAUGAUUAUUUUUCGCGUUAUAUAGUUUGUGUCUCUGUGCGUGUGUUUUUGAAAUGAUUGUUUAAUUUCUUCCUUUAAUUAUUAUUCUUUCUGUAUAAUUGGUUCUGGUGUCUUGAUUUUCAUUAUUGUAUUCAUAUAAAUAUUAUACGAGGAAAAUCGAACUGUGUAAUCAUAGAAACGAUCCGAAUCUUAUCUUAAUCCUUUAGAAUAGAUUGAAUGCGAUUUUAUUAACCUUGGGUUUUCCUGAUUUAAUGGACAUGAAUGUAGAGAAAAAAAAAACAGAGAGUAUUCGUAUGGGAAGCUCAUCUCAAAUUUAGGUAACACGAUAAUAGACGAUAUUAAAUUUUAUAUAUAUCUGAGGCCACUGGACAUUGAAUUCUGAUCACUGAAUGUAAGAUUUAGCUGUUUGAUUUUGUUGCUUUUAAGUAUAUCAGGGACAAGAACUGUUUCUCUAAUUACAUUACUGUUUUUUUUGGAUAUUUGGAAUAAAUGUUUCUUUGAUAUUCAUCAAUGAAGGUAAAAGCAAAUGAUUGGCAAUUGGAAUGCCAAAACUUUUUAGUGACUGACUUUUGUUCUUUGAGCAAAGUAGCAAGCAGAUGCUAAUUAAAUACAUAAUUUAGUUGAAUGUUAAUUACAAUAUUAGUUAUUUUGAUUUCAGUUAUUUCAUGAAAUGCCAAGGUAUUAUUUGGUACUUGUUUUUCAGAGUUGAAAAAUGCAAGAUGAAUAAAAUAGGUAAUCGUUAUUCAGCUUCCAUGUGCAACGAAAUGAAGAAACGAGAUUAUCCAAAGAAUCUUCAAAGUCGAAAUGAUGCAGUAGGAGGUGAUCUUUGGACAGAUGGACUUAUUUGUGCUUUUGAAUAUGUUAAAGGCCAAGGUAAAAGAGGCCAGCCAAAAUCAGGUGCAAAGGUCUUGUCUGCACAAUAUAGUUUGAAAGAAGCUUCUAGAAGACGGAUCUAUGCUAAUGAACCUGAAAAUGUUAAUUCUAACAAUUUAGCUAAAUCUCCACCCUUGAAAGACUCCGCAGUCACAGUUAAAGAUGCAUCAUAUGUAACCCAGGAUCUCAAUCCCGGGGAAGAGUUCCCAAGAGCUUAUUGGGAACCAAUUGGUUGGGACAGAGUUUAUCAACUAGUCCAGAUGCUACAAGCUGAUGAUGGAUGGGGCUCCCAGCCUAUUGAGCUCACAGAGAAUGAAGAUGAAGUGACUGUUACAGAUUUAGCAGCACCUUAUUGGGAAAGGCCAGUUGGUCCAACUUGGUGGUGUCAUGUUGCGGCAGAUCACCCAUCUAUAAAUGCAUGGCUAAGUACUGCUCAGUGGUUGCAUCCUGCUAUCAGUGUUGCUUUGCGAGACGAAAGUACACUGAUAAGUGAGCGUAUGAAGCACCUAUUUUAUGAGGUUCCUGUCAUAGUUGCUGGUGGACUGUUAUUUGAGUUGUUGGGACAAUCAGCUGGUGAUCCUUUAGCUGAAGAAGAUGACAUUCCCAUUGUUCUAAGAUCAUGGCAUGCACAAAACUUUCUAAUAACAGCAUUGCAUAUCAAAGGGUCUGCAUCAAACAUUAAUGUCUUAGGUAUUGCAGAAGUUCAGGAAAUGCUUAUUGCCGGAGCCACUAAUAUUCCAAGAACUAUCCAUGAGGUUAUAGCACAUCUCACUUGUCGCCUUGCAAGAUGGGAUGACAGGUUGUUUCGCAAAUCAAUCUUCGGUGAAGCAGAUGAAGUUGAGUUGAAGUUUAUGAACAGGAGGAACCACGAGGAUCUGCAUCUUUUUACAAUAAUUCUGAAUCAAGAAAUCAGGAGGUUGUCAACACAGGUCAUAAGAGUGAAAUGGUCUCUCCAUGCAAGAGAGGAGAUUGUGUUUGAGCUUCUUCAACAUUUGAGAGGGAAUGCAGCAAGGUCCUUACUCCAUGGGGUAAGAAAGAGUACAAGAGAAAUGAUUUCAGAGCAAGAGGCAGUGCGCGGUCGCCUAUUUACAAUUCAAGAUGUUAUGCAAAGUACAGUUCGCGCAUGGUUGCAGGACAGAAGUCUCACUGUUACACAUAAUUUAGGAAUUUUUGGUGGCUGUGGCCUUAUUCUUUCCAUCAUUACUGGACUUUUCGGGAUUAAUGUGGAUGGAAUACCCGGAAACGACGACAGUUCCCCGUAUGCAUUUCUUUUAUUUUCUUGUAUCCUUGUCUUCCUAGGAGUAGUUUUAAUUUCCGGUGGAUUGCUUUAUCUUGGGCUGAAGAAACCAAUUAUUGAUGAGGAUGUUGAGGUGAGAAAAUUAGAGCUGGAUGAGCUGGUUCGGAUGUUUCAAAAGGAGGCAGAGUCUCAUGCGCAGGUCCGUAAGAGCGUUGCUCGAGCUAUUAAGCCGCCGACAACCGCAAGUAUACUUCCUUCUGGUGAAGGUUAUGUCCUCAUUGGUUAAAUGAUGCCUCAAAAAGCUUUUGAACUGGAAUGACAUUGGACACUGACAGUAUCAAUUCUUAUCCGGCUUUGCUUGUGGAUUUGGGCAGACUAAUGAAUAUUUUUUGUAAUCUAUUUACCUAUAGUCUAAAAGUGAAGCUUUUUUUGUUUUCAAACGUUAAGAUGAAUGAACCCAUUUACGUGGAGUACUUGAUGCAAUCUAUAUCUAAUAUAUAUAUAUAUAUAUUGUAUAGGUGGAAACUUUCAGUUCUUUGAUUCAUAAGUGGCAGUUUGAGUUGG